AUGUCUUUAACAUGUCGUUUAAUGCGUGAAGAUGAAUUUACAAUAGAUUUUCAAUUAUUCGUUAUGGAAACAUUUUUUCAACAUGAACCAAUGAAUAAAUAUUUAAAUACGAAAAUACCCGAUGAAAUUGAUCUACCAUGGUUAAAAGAAGUAUUACACAAAGCUAAAUAUGAUAAAUUGAGCUUAGCAUUUUAUGAUACAAGUUAUCAUCAUUCUUUACCAAUCGCCUACGCACUUAACCAUCAUGAUAAAAUAUAUGAUAAUAAUCAUUCGGAUAGUCUCUAUUCAUCAUUAAAUAAAACAUGUUUACAUAAAUAUGAACAUAUUAGUGAAUUGAUAACAAAGUUACAUGAAAAUAUAAAUCUAUUUGAAAAAUUUCAUUGCAAAAAUUUAUUUCAUAUUUAUUUUCUGGGUGUUGAUCCAAACUAUCGACAAAAUAAAUUUGCUAGUCAACUAAUCGAUUCAUCAAUAUGUAUUGCAAAAGAAAAAAAAUUUGAUAUGGUUUAUGCUGAUGUUACUAGUGAUUAUUCAUUAAAUGCAUUUCUUAAGCACGAUUUUCAAAUAAUCAAAACAAUUAAUUAUGAUUCUUAUGAAAAUUCAUAUGGAGAAAAAAUAUUUCAAAAUAUUCAUAUACAUAAAGGUUGUUCGAUUGUAAUAAAAGAUUUAAGAAUUAAAUAA